CAGACCUGUCAUGACAAACAAGCAUACCUACACUCAAUGUUGCCUUCGAAGACUAAACAACUCUGCCAAAUUUCCCACACAAUUUCAAAGUUCAGAGCUUUUCAGGCUGGUCCCUCUCAUAAUGUCAGAAGCAAUCUCAAAGAAAAUGGGUUCAGAAACAGAGCUCAAACCUCAGGUUCAGAAAUGGAGAAAAGCAUAUACUCGAUUCUCACUAUAGACCGAUGGGAGUCACUGAACCACAUGGAGUACAGGUUGGCUUCUCUGAGACCAGUGCAUGGAAGAUUGGCCCUGAAAUUCUUCAACUGGGUAAUUCAACAGCCUGGUUUGGAACUCAAUCAUCUCACUCAUGUACUCUCUGUUACAACUCAUAUACUUGCUAGAGCUAGAAUGUAUGACUCUGCCAGGUUGAUUUUGGGUCAUUUAGCACAAAUGGGUGUUGGUUCGAAGUCCGUUUUUGAUGCUUUGAUGGAUACUUACCCUCUUUGCAAUUCCAACCCUUCAGUAUUUGACCUUCUGAUUAGAGUUUACUUGAAGGAAGGGAUGGUUGGUAGUGCUGUAGAGACUUUUUAUUUGAUGGGUUUAAGGGGGUUUAGGCCGUCGGGUUGUACUUGUAAUAUGAUCCUAGCUUCGCUGGCAAAGGACCGGAGGGCUGCAUCGGUAUGGUCUUUUUUCAAAGAAAUGCUGGCUAAGAAUGUUUGCCCUGAUGUUAGUACUUUUAAUAUAUUGAUUAGUGUCUUAUGUGUUGAAGGAAAGCUUAGUAAAGCUAGUUAUCUUUUGAGGAAGAUGGAAAAGAGUGGUUAUGUUCCUAAUGUAGUUACUUACAAUACUUUGCUCAAUUGGUACUGCAAGAAGGGGAGGUAUAAAGCAGCUUUUGAGCUUAUUGAUCUUAUGGGUUCUAAGGGUAUUGAAGCAGAUGUUUGUACAUAUAACAUGCUUAUUGAGGAUUUGUGUAGAAACAGUAGUAGUGCAAAAGGUUAUUUACUGUUGAAGAAGAUGAGAAGGAAGAAGUUAUCUCCUAGUGAGGUUACAUACAAUAUCCUUAUUAAUGGGUUUGUCAAGGAGGGGAAGAUUGGUGUUGCUACCAAGGUUUUUGAUGAGAUGUCAAAGUUUGAUCUUUCACCAAAUUGUGUUACUUAUAAUGCUCUGAUUGACGGGCUCUGUCAGAAGGGUAAGCUUGAAGAAGCUUUCAGACUCUUGGACAUGAUGGAAGCAGUGGGACUAAGACCUAAUGAAGUCAGCUAUGGUGCUGUUUUAAACGGGCUGUGCAAGCAUGGUAAGUUUGACUUAGCAAGAAGUACUUUGCAGAGAGUGCGACUGAAUGGGAUUGGUAGUGGUUGCGUUAUGUAUACAUCAUUCAUGGAUGGGUUAUGCAAAAAUGGUUUGCUUGAUGAAGCCGUGCAUUUUCUUAAUGUGAUGAUCCAGGAUGGUGUGAAUCCUGAUAUUGUAGCAUUUUCAGUGCUCAUAAAUGGAUUAUGCAGAGCUGGGAGGAUGAAACAUGUGGGAGAGAUAAUGUGUAAACUAUAUAGAGCUGGCCUUGCCCCCAAUAAAAUAAUAUAUUCUACCUUAAUCUACAACUGUUGCAAGAUGGGCAACGUAAUGGAAGCAUUAAAGAUCUAUGCAGUUAUGAAUCGUAAUGGCCACAGUGCCGACCAUUUCAUAUGUAACAUAUUGGUUACUGCGCUUUGUGAAGCUGGGAAUCUUGGUGCUGCAGAAAAUUUCAUGCGUCAUAUGAGCAGCAUGGGUCUGGUUGCUAGUUCCAUUUCUUUUGAUUGUAUGAUAAAUGGGUAUGCAAACAUGGGUAAUGCGUUAGGAGCAUUUUCUGUGUUUGAUGAAAUGAUUGAAUUAGGUCAUCACCCAAGUCCAUUUACUUAUGGCAGUAUACUGAAAGGGCUAUGCCAGGGUGGUCAUUUGGAGGAGGCAAGGAAUUUUUUGAAGAAACUCCACAGCAUUCCAUAUGCUGUUGAUACUGUUGUGUACAAUACAAUUCUUUCUGAGACAUGUAAGUCUGGGAAUUUGCAUGAGGCUGUUGUCCUUCUUGAUCAGAUGGUUGAGAAUAAUGUCUUGCCCGAUACACAUACGUACAGUAGCCUUCUUGCUGGGUUAUGCAGGAAGGGAAAAAUGGUUACUGCCAUCCUGUUGUUUGGAAGAGUGAUGGAAAAAGGGAUUUUAUCACCGAAUGCCAUAAUGUACACCUGUCUAGUUGAUGGCCUUUUCAAGAUUGGCCAAUCUAAGGCCGCUUCAUAUCUGUUUGAAGAGAUGGAGAACAAAGGUCUGAACUCGGAUACUACUGCUCUUAAUGUAAUGAUGGAUGGAUACUCGAGGAUGGGAAAAAUGAUGAAGGCAAAUGAUCUCUUUUCAAGUAUGGGUAGCCGAAAAUUAUUCCCUAAUUUGGCUUCAUAUAACAUUCUCUUGCAUGGAUACUCAAAGAAAGAAGAUUUAUUGGCAUGCUCUAUGGUGUACAAAAACCUGAUCAGGAUCAAAUUAUUGCCCGACAGACUGACAUGUCACUCUCUUAUUCUUGGAUUAUGUGAGUCAGGUAAGGUGGAUAUUGGCCACAAAAUGUUGCAUAAGAUGAUUAUAGAAGGUGCUGUACCUGAUCUUUUAACAUUCAAUUUGCUUAUCAGCAAGUAUUCUGAGAUUGGGAAGAUGGGGAUGGCAUUUGAACUAGUUAGUGUCAUGAAUCUGUUAGGAGUUUCUGCUAAUACAGACACCCAUGAUGCAAUCUUGAACGGACUGUUCAGAAGUUUAGCUUUCCGAGCAUCCCGAAGUCUUCUGUAUGAAAUGUUGGCCAAAGGUUAUACUCCAAAGUAUACACAUUAUUUCACUAUAAUUAAUGGUAUGUGUAGAGUGGGAGAUAUAAAAGGAGCAUUUGAACUAAAAGAUCAGAUGGAAGCUCUUGGUGUCACUUCCCGUGACAUUGCUGAGAGUGCUAUGGUUAGAGGGCUUGCGAAAUGUGGGAAGGUUGAAGAAGCGAUGCUGGUUCUGGAUCACAUGCUUCGAAUGCAACUUGUUCCAACAACUGCUACUUUUACUACUUUGAUGCACAAGUUCUGCAAAGAAGCCAACCUUGCAGAGGCUCUAAAAUUGAGGGGUGUGAUGGAACAUUGUGGUGUGCCACUUGAUGUUACUGCUUUUAAUGUUCUCAUUUCAGGCUUUUGUGCUAAUGGUGAUGUUGCGGCUGCAUUUGAGCUGUACAAGGAGAUGAAACAAAGUGGUCUCUUUCCCAACACAACAACAUACACUCUUCUCCUUGCUGCUGUAUUCUCUGGUAAUAAUCUUAUUGAAGGUGAAGAGAUUUUUGUAGAUCUAUUGGAGAGGGGGUUGAUAUGUGGAAAUUUGGAUGGAAGGACCUUAACACUGCAUGAGCAGUUGAAUGUUGCAAUGGGAACAUUAAACUCCUGGAGUUGCAAUAAAUGGAAAUAAUACUAGAUUUAGGUUGUGAAGUAACAUCAUUGAUCGGUAUGUGAGACUGCGAUGGGCUCUCCCAAGUAAGGAUAUGAGCUCUUUA